AUGACUCCAAUCGAAAAAUUAUUGCUCAUAUUCAUGACCAAAAUGACUAAACAAAGUAGAAUACUGAUGAGUAUUCCCCGAUUAUGUCAAGAAUUUCUGGAGGAUUCUAAACUAACUCGAAAACCAGCAAGCAUCUCAGCACAUAUUCAAAACAUUCUGAAAGCUGUUCCCAAAUCGGAUUCCGAUCUGCUAAUGCACAUUCGAAUGUUGUUCAAAUUUCACGCCAAAGUCAGCGAUGCGAUGAGAAACAAAAUUAGCUCAACUUACAGUUCUUCGAGUUUCCGAUUCGACGAAGCAGGACAUUUAACAUUUUUCCAUGCAGAUGGUUUGGUACUCCAUCAUGCCAGUAAAAAAAUAAAUAUUCUACAAAAGAAACCCGAGAACAGCGGAGAAGUUCAAAACAAGCCAAGUUCAAAAAAGUCAAAAGUUGUGAAAUCGAAAAGAAAAACAAAGCCCGUUCAGGAGAAAGGAGUGAACAGACGCUGGCUAGCAAAUCUAAUAGUAUCGGAGCAAGUCGUUCGUGAAGUCGAACCAGAAGAGCUAGUGGAAGAAUAUGGUAUUGAACCGAUGGAAAUGAAAGAAGAACAACGAUUUGUUAUGGAGGAAGAGACGGUUUUGUUGGCUGAAAUUAAACAAGAGAGCUCUGACGAUUUUGGAAUCGAACCCUUUUUUCAUUUCGAAAAUGAUGAAACCAAGCCGCAGUUCGAUUCAUACAACUACCAGUCUUCAGUGGGCAUGUCGACAAGUAGUGAUCAUUUCUAUGAAGCAACACCAUCGAUUUCAAAUCAGAAUAAUAGUGACAACUUUCAUGUUUGUGAUGAUCUCUUUCAUUCAACUUCCACUGAUCUAAAGACAGAAAUCGAACCAUCCGCAUCUUCUAGUUCCGCAACUCGUUUGGAUUCUGGAACAGAUCAAAACAUAUACAUCAACCACGUGGAACAAGAAGAAUCUCCCAUAGAAGUAAAGUUUCACCCUGAAGGGACUCUCGAAGAAAUUGACGAAAUCAAUGCAUUGGAUCUUGCCAAAGGGAUAAAACGGAUGGCAUAUGCCUGUAAACUUACUCAUCUGAUCAAAAAAGCAGACGGAAUCAUCGCGGAUCCUGAUUUACAAAAUAGAAUCGUGACCGCACACUUCUCUCUUAUUGUUGAUGGGACUGUUGGAAAAUGGAAGAGAGAUGGUCUUCUCACUGAUGUCAAUGGUCAUAUGCUUUUAGUAGAGGUUCUGAACUUGUUUUGCGUUUGCGUACUGUUCGAUUCAAAUGCGAAAUCUUUAAAAUCAAUACAGAAAGAAACUGAGGAGGUGAUUGAAAAGCUUCGUAACGAGAAAGAUGAGAAGAUGAUAUCCGUUGCAAACAUUUGCGAAUGUCUCGAUACUCUACUGCAAUUUGCCGCAUCGUCCUAG